AUGCCAUCUCCUCUCCCUGCCAACGCGCGGGUCUCCACUAAUCCCUUCCUUGAAUCCAAACUGAACCACCUGCGUGACCGAUCACUGGGCAGCAGCGCAGUUCGGGCCACCACCGCUGAAAUCGCGCGCAUUCUAGCUGUCGAAGCAACGCAAAAUCACAAGCCCGACCAUGGCAAAAUCGGACUGAUAGUGGUGCUCAGAUCUGGUUUGGGGAUGAGCGAUGCGUUUUUGGCGCAGUUUGCUCCUGAUACGGACGUCGUUGUUUAUCAUAUUGGCAUGUUCCGGGAGAAGCAUUCGUUACAACCGGUGGAGUACUACAACAAAUUGCCGAACAAUAACACGGAAAUCAAACGAGUGUAUGUUAUAGAUCCGUUGAUUGCGACGGGUGGAACAGCCACAGCUGUUAUUGAGAUCUUGCGAGACUGGGGCGUUGAACACAUCACCUUCGUGUCAAUGUUGACAAGCCAGCAAGGUCUAGAGCAUGCCACAAAAGCCUGGCCUGAAGGAACCGAGUUCGUUAUUGGUGCUAUUGAUCCACGCUUGGAUGCAAGCGGUUAUAUUGAGCCUGGCAUAGGCGAUAUUGGUGACCGUUUGUUUGGAACUGGACUGUCACAUUGA